CUAGGGAGCCCUCUGGCUAGAAGGCAGGCAGGCAGGCAGGCAGGCUUCCCUUCCUCCGAGGGAGGCUUCCUCCUCCCUGCCUGCUGCUUCUACACUCCCAUUACCUCAAGCCCCCACACUGUGCCCAGGGACCCACUGGGACAGUUAAGUGCCGGGUGGCCCUCCAGCAAGCUCCCAAGCGGGAACAUGGGACGGCUCUGCUCAGAACCCAGAUGUCUCCGGGAGACCCAGCCCUUGGCUCAGUAGCUCACCAGGACUCCUGCAGCUGGAGGCUGUGUCAUACCAUCUGUUGCUGUCUGACUGCUAAUCCCGCACCAUGACUGAGCCUGUCCCUACCAAACAGCCUGCUACCAGGGUUGCCCUCAGAGGAGGGAGCCGGACAUGUCCACAUUUGCUUCUACUUCUGCUCAGGGACAUCUCCCCACCACAGUGAAGCCAAGACUCCCUGCCUUCCCCCAUGCUUCUGUGAUGCUGCCCCAUCUGACUUCUACAGGCCUGUGCUACUCGAUGGCCUAAUCCUGUUCUGUGUGCCUCUGGCAGGUUCUCAGACAGGGACACAUGUGCCAAGUGCCCUGCUAGCCUCUGGACUGACAAACUGUCUCCAGGCUCUUCUACAGCUCUUCCUGCUGGACAGAUGUCCAGCUCGCAUUGAAGGAUGGAGCCAUUGCUUCACACUGAUUUUUGUGACUCUCUCAGCAAAUCCUGAGAACCCACAAGAGCCAUGGAUGUGACAUCUCCAGCCCACACCGUAGGUGUGGGGAUUCACCUGGGCAGUGCAGAGUCAGGAGCCAGCAACAGUACGUCCCCAGCCCUCAACCUGUCCCACCCGCUGCUUGGCACCGCCCUGGCAAACCAGACUGGGGAGCUCUCUGAGCACCAGCAGUAUGCCAUCGCCCUCUUCCUCUCAUGCCUUUACACCAUCUUCCUCUUCCCCAUCGGUUUUGUGGGCAACAUCCUGAUCCUGGUGGUCAACAUCAGCUUCCGGGACAAGAUGACCAUCCCUGACCUGUACUUCAUCAACCUGGCAGCCGCGGACCUCAUUCUGGUCGCUGACUCCCUGAUUGAGGUUUUCAACCUGGACGAGCAGUACUAUGACAUCGCUGUGCUCUGCACCUUCAUGUCCCUCUUCUUACAGAUCAACAUGUACAGCAGUGUGUUCUUCCUCACCUGGAUGAGCUUUGACAGGUACAUUGCACUGGCCAAAGCCAUGCGCUCCAGCCUCUUCCGAACCAAGCACCAUGCCAGGCUGAGCUGUGGCCUCAUAUGGAUGGCCUCUGUCUCCGCUACCCUGGUACCCUUCACAGCUGUGCACCUGCAGCACACGGAGGACAUCUGUUUCUGCUUUGCUGACGUCAAGGAGGUGCAGUGGUUGGAGAUCACAUUAGGGUUCAUCAUCCCCUUCGCCAUCAUUGGACUCUGCUAUUCCCUCAUCAUCCGUGUGCUUGUCAAAGCUCAUAAGCACCGGGGACUGCGGCCACGGAGGCAAAAAGCACUCCGCAUGAUCUUCGCCGUGGUCCUGGUCUUCUUUAUCUGCUGGCUGCCAGAGAAUGUGUUCAUCAGCGUCCACCUCCUGCAGCGUACGCAGCCGGGGACCGCACCAUGCAAACAGUCCUUCCGCCACGCCUACCCCUUGACUGGCCACAUUGUCAACCUGGCGGCUUUCUCCAACAGCUGCCUGAACCCCCUCAUCUACAGUUUUCUGGGGGAGACCUUCAGGGACAAGCUCAGGCUGUAUGUGGAGCAGAAGACCACGCUGCCGGCUCUGAACCGCUUCUGCCAUGCCGCCCUGAAGGCAGUCAUCCCAGACAGUGCCGAGCAGUCAGAUGUCAGGCUCAACAGUGCAGUGUGAAGAGCCCACCUAAAAGGUAAUCGCUCACACCUGAGCUGGGGGCGGGGCAGGAGGGGUGGCCUCAGUGCCUCACAGUCGGUUACCCCU